AUGUCCGUAGCCAUCUUGGCUCAAGGUCUCAGUCUAAUGUCGGGACGUGUUGACACAAGGGAACGACAGGAGGCGCCGGACAUCAACAUAGUGGCGACAGCGGCAGGAUCUCUAAGCCUUCCAAGUCUCAAGUCGUCCCGUACAACGGCGAGAGCUGCCAGAACACGCUUGGCCAACCGCCUAGCAGCCCAACGUCAAGUCAUUCGAGAUCGCGAGGCCGAGGGAGUCGGUGAGGAGGACCCUGAGCUACAUGCACUCUUGGUUGAGGAGGAAGAGCUGAGCACCACUAUGCCGACGCUUGUGCCAAGAGAUGAGAUGGCCGGCAUCAUCUUUCAUGAGGCGGGUCUUGGCACUCUCGAUAAUCAGGGAAUCUUCACUGCCACCGUGCCAGAGACGAUCUUGGUCACGAAGUAUCUGCAGAGUCUCGAGAAUGUGGUUGAAGUGUACGAGAGGGCGAUGGACGUAGCGAUCCAGACCAAGUAUCGUUGGUGGGAGAUGAGCGAUAUACUCAAUCAGGUCUUCGGGGACCGGGUCCGACCUACCAUUACUGAGUGGGCAUCUAACUUCCCGGGGGGAUCGGUGGUAUACUUCCGCACUGAUAAGGCAAUCUCCCCAGAGUCGAUCCGCAAGACCUCCAGUGAUCUCGGUGCUAAGGAAGUGCGGGCUCAUGUCCAUAAACGUGGGCACCGUUACGGGUUCGCUACCUUUGACAACAAGGCCGAGGCCUCGAAGCUGAUCCACAACGGUGUUCCCGCGAGCUCCAAGGGGACGUCUCAGGGCUUGAAGAUCCGAGCAUUCGUCCCGGAGGGUAAUCGUGGUAGGCUAGUUAUGAAGUCGGGAAACUAA